GGGGAAAGAAUGGAGUCUUUUGUAUUGUGAUUAGCUCUUUGAAUUCGGCUUCCUUCUACCACACCUAUUCACUAAGGCAGAGGCGCCUAGCUCGGGCAGGUGUUGACCUGCAAAUGGUCAAGUGCAGGUGUUGGCUUUCCCCUUAGAGCUAGUGGCAAUGCAGUAUCGUAGACCAGCUGUUUCGCUACAAUAAGGCUACCAGGGCAUAUGGACUUUCCCGGAGGAAGACCAUCGCCUCUGGUAGCUCGUCUUCCCAGGCUUCCUUGUCAAGACUCCAUCGUGUAGCAAGAAACACAGAAAUAGUUGUGAACAAGGAAGAUAGGACAGAAGGAGAAAAAGGACCCAAAAGCAGAAGCAGAAGUGCACACAUUGCAACUUGCAGUGAAGAACAACGAUGUUAGAUAUGCUUCCUGUUCCUGUAAUAGUGCACAGCAACUUGGAACUGUCUGUUUGCCUCAGUUCUUUCUGCCCGUACCUACCAACACGGACUGAUUGUGGAGCAGACCAUGAAAGUGUGAUGGGCAGAGGAAAUGCAUGAGAUAGAUGGGUAGAGGCAAGGAAGGAGAAUUCACAGCUGGAAAGUCUCACUGAGAGAUUAAGCACCCAUUUCUUCUUUAUUGUAAUCUUAAAAGGAACUUCUUCGGUUAAUUUUCAAUUUUUUUUUUUUACUGGACUUUUGAUUCUGCCGCUGGUCCCCUGGAAAAUAAUGAGGUGGUUUCAUCGUGACCUGAGUGGCAUAGAUGCUGAGGCCUUACUCAAAGCACGAGGAAUUCAUGGCAGCUUUCUGGCUCGGCCCAGCCGGAAAAACAAAGGGGACUUUUCCCUUUCUGUCAGGGUUGGUGAUGAGGUAACUCACAUCCGUAUCCAGAAUACUGGGGAUUUUUAUGACCUCUAUGGAGGAGAGAAGUUUGCCACUUUAUCAGAACUGGUGGAAUAUUAUACACAGCAGCAGGGAUCCCUGCAGGAUAAAGAUGGCACCAUCAUAGACUUGAGGUAUCCACUCAACUGCUCUGAUCCCACAACAGAAAGGUGGUACCAUGGGCAUCUUUCUGGUCCAGCAGCUGAGGCUUUACUCCAAGCCAAGACUGCCCCAUGGACCUUCUUGGUGCGUGAGAGCCUUAGCAAGCCUGGUGAUUUUGUGCUGUCUGUCCUGACUGACCAGCCUAAACCUAGGAGCGAUGUCACUGGAGCCCACAGCCAAGAACGACUUAAAGUUACCCAUAUCAAGAUCAUGUGUGAGAAAGGGCAGUACACAAUUGGGGGUACAGAAAAAUUCAGCAGUUUGGCUGACUUAGUGGAACAUUUUAAGAAGACAGGAAUUGAGGAGGCAUCUGGAUAUUAUGUGUAUUUGAAACAGCCUUUCAAUGCCACUCGAGUGAAUGCAGCUGACAUCGAAAACAGGGUGGAAAUGCUCAAAAAGAAGAGUCAAGCAGAAGAAGCCAACAAAGGUGGUUUCUGGGAGGAGUUUGAUAGCCUGCAGAAGCAAGAGACGAAGAACUUGUACGAUCGACAUGAGGGUCAAAGACCAGAAAAUAAGAGCAAGAACCGCUAUAAGAAUAUCUUGCCGUUUGACCACUCCCGAGUCAUCCUUCAAGGCAGAGAUGUGAAUAUUCCUGGGUCAGAUUAUAUCAAUGCCAACUACAUCAAGAACCAGCUUUUCAGCCCUGAGGAAUACAGUAAAACCUACAUUGCCAGCCAAGGUUGCCUGGAUGCCACCAUUAAUGAUUUCUGGCAGAUGGUAUGGCAAGAAAAUUCACGCAUCAUUGUGAUGACCACUCGAGAGGUGGAGAAAGGAAGGAACAAAUGUGUUCCGUACUGGCCAGAAGUAGGAAGCAGCAAAGAGUAUGGACCAUAUAUUGUGGAAAAUAAUGGAGACCAUGAUGCCCUAGAAUAUAAACUCCGACAGCUUCGUCUUUCACCAAUCAAUAAUGGUGAAGCUGUGAGAGACAUCUGGCACUACCAAUACCUGAGCUGGCCAGACCAUGGAGUGCCCAGUGAACCCGGAGGAGUUCUUGGUUUCCUUGAUCAAGUCAAUCGGAUGCAGGAGAGUGUCCCAAGGGCUGGACCUAUCAUAGUGCACUGCAGUGCUGGGAUUGGUCGCACUGGGACCAUCAUUGUCGUUGACAUGAUUGUGGAUAUGAUCUCCACCAAAGGACUGGACUGUGACAUAGAUAUUCCAAAGGCCAUUCAAAUGGUCCGGUCCCAGCGCUCAGGAAUGGUGCAGACUGAAGCUCAGUACAAGUUCAUCUAUAUGGCCAUAUGCCAGUUUAUAGAGACCACCAAAAAGAAGCUGGACAUUAUGCAGUCUCAGAAAGGAAGACCAAAUGAGUCUGAAUAUGGGAAUAUCACCUACCCACCUGCCCAGAAGACCUCACACCCAAAAACUUCUAGAAAAUCAUCCAGGCAAAGGGAAGAACCCACCCUCUAUGAGAACUUAGAGAAUGUGAAAGGGAAAAAAGAAGAGAAGGGUCAAAAACAGUGGCCUUCAGGAAAGGAAAAGAAACCUAAAGGCUCUUUGAAGAAAAAAUAAUGCUUGCUGGCUCCAUUCGCAGUAAACAUUCGCCCUUCUUCCCUGCUAGCACCGUUCCCUAGAGGUUUACAGAAGUGUAGAGGGCUGUCCAAGACAUUUUGGCCCCUGCAUGGAAAACCCAGAUAGCACUUUCUCCUUUCUUCAGUUCAUUCAUUCAUUGUCUCCCCUCCUUUGCUUCCUUACCUAUAUUAUUUUAAAUGGUCUUAGGCAUCUCUGCUUGGAUGUUUAUUUCAUUUGCAUGUGGAAUCUUCAGCACCCUGCCAUUGUGCAGAUUGUGGUUCUCAGCCACCAGCUUAUGCCUUCAUUACCUCUUAAAGUUCCCCAUCUUCCAGUGCAUCUACUAGCUAGAUCUGCCUUCAAGCCUCUGCCAUUUUUGAGUCCCUGAAAAGUACCUUGUUCUUCAGUCUAGAUACUAAAACACCUGCUUGUUCCCUGAGUUCCCUAGGCCUCUCCAAAAGGGCCCAGUCAUUCCCAUUUUUUGGAAUGUAGCCCUUGCUAGUAUGGAUCCAGAGCUGGCAAACUGUGCACUUCUGCUUUGGGUCAUUCCAGUUAUCAGACCAAGAAGCUGGAUAUGCUGCUUUUAAAUGAGCAUUGCUUCCAUAGCUUUACCUUUCCAAUCCAGUUUCUUCAUACUGUCUGUUUGAAAUGUCAUCAGAUCAAAGCUGACCAUGUUCCAUUCCAUUCCAUUUACAACUGGGAACCAUAACCUCAACAGCAGUCUGUUUAAUCACCAACCUUUUGCAAUUGCACUCUGUAAAUAAUAGAUUGGUUGCUUUACUCUGUAAAUAAACCAGAUGUUUGGUAUGUGCCCCCUCUCACUCUCUCAGUAUAUGUAUUUAAUAUAUAUUAAAUGCAUGAGCCAGUUUGGUCUAGUGGUUGAGCUGCUGGGCUAGAAGCCAGGAGACUGAGAGUUCUAGUCCCACCUCAGGUAUGAAAGCCGGCUGGGCGACCCUGGGCCAGUCCCUCUCUCUCGGCCCAACUCACCUCAUAGGGUGUGGUUGUGGGGAAAGCAGGAGGAGGAGGAAGUAUUAGGUAUGUUUUCUGCCUUGAGUUAUUUAUAAAAAUAAUAAAGGCGGGGUAAAAUUAAUUAAAUAAAUAAAUAUUAACUCAAAUUUGAAACAGAGGUUCCAUAGGGACUCUUGGAUAAGCAUGUGGGUCAUGGAGGGAUGCAUAUGCGCUGACAGACAAGUAACAAAUCUGUCAUUGGCAAAAUACAGGUAUUUGCUUCUUCCAGUGUCUAAAACUGCAUUUUUUGGAUUUUUAAGCUUGCUUUUUUUUUUUUUUGCAAAAAGAUAUGUAAAGCUAGUGAACACUGAAAUCAGCAUACAGUUCAGCACCAGACAGAAUUGUUGCAUGGAUGUAGGCUAUAAAUAUUUCAGGCUGACCUGGGAUUACCAUGUAAUAUGUAAUAUUAAAAAUGAAAUAUUACUGUACUUUUAAUUUAUUCUGAAACAAUUUAGUUUUCUGCAUGAGUUUAAAGGGAUACAAAAAUCAAAAGACACUUGGAUUAAAAUGGGCUGGGGGGAUGCUAGAGAUCAGAGAAAUGCUUUGCAACCAUAUUCAGGCUAUGUUUUGUAUUCUUACCCACCCAGAGUCUGUUAGGAUUGGGGCAGACUAUAAAUAUUGGAAAAUUUUAAAUAAACAGUUGAUUUCCUCUGCAGAUCCA